CUUCCACACUUCCCAAUUCGAUCAAGCAAGAGCCCAUCUCCUCACCCUCAGCCUCGACCCCCUUUUGUAUUUAUUUGCUUGCCCAUCUUUAAAUAUACAAAAUCUUCUCAUACACAUACAUAUACAUAUAUAUAUAUACUUCUCCCUGAUCGGUUGGCAAGAACUUCGACGAGUACUGCCCCCAUUCACCCGCAACAGGGAACAGGACAUGGAGGCCAAUCAGCGGAUUGCGAGGAUCAAUGCCCAUCUUCACCCCCCCAAUUUCCAGGUGGAGGAGAGUUCGAGCUUGAGGCGCGCGAACUGCAGGGCCAAAGGUGCAGGGCCUGGGUUUAAGGUUGCAAUUUUGGGGGCUGCAGGCGGGAUCGGGCAGCCAUUGUCUAUGUUGAUGAAGAUGAAUCCGCUGGUUUCAGUUCUUCAUCUUUAUGAUGUUGUGAACACUCCUGGUGUCACCGCCGAUAUCGGCCACAUGGACACUGGAGCUGUGGUGCGCGGGUUUCUCGGACAGCAGCAGCUAGAAGAGGCCCUAACUGGAAUGGACCUUGUGAUCAUCCCUGCUGGUGUGCCUCGGAAACCUGGGAUGACAAGAGAUGAUCUCUUCAAGAUCAAUGCUGGAAUUGUUAGGACCCUCUGUGAGGGAAUCGUGAAGAGCUGCCCAAGAGCUAUUGUCAAUCUCAUCAGCAAUCCUGUCAACUCCACUGUCCCCAUUGCUGCAGAAGUCUUCAAGAAAGCUGGGACUUAUGAUCCAAGGCACCUCCUAGGUGUUACCAUGCUCGAUGUUGUCAGGGCAAAUACCUUUGUGGCAGAGGUACUUGGCAUCGACCCUAGGCAAGUCGAUGUUCCAGUUGUUGGGGGUCAUGCUGGAGUUACGAUUCUACCACUUCUUUCUCAGGUUAAGCCUCCAAGCACCUUCACUCCAGAGGAAACCGAGUACCUGACAACACGCAUUCAGAAUGGCGGGACAGAAGUUGUUGAGGCAAAAGCUGGAGCUGGCUCUGCAACGCUAUCAAUGGCGUAUGCUGCUGUUAAAUUUGCCGAUGCAUGCCUCCGUGGGCUUAGCGGAGAUGAUGGGGUCAUCGAAUGCGCGUUUGUUUCUUCUCAGGUUACAGAACUUCCAUUCUUUGCAACCAAGGUACGGCUUGGCCGAAAUGGAGCCGAGGAGGUUUUCCCUCUGGGACCCCUGAACGAGUAUGAGAGAGCUGGACUCGAGAAGGCAAAGAAAGAGCUGGCUGGAAGCAUUCAAAAGGGUGUGUCCUUCAUCAGGAACUGAAGGAAGCUGCGAUACUCAUGAUAUAGUUUCUUUAAUACCUCUGUUGUAGCCUCUGAAAUCAAAAUUCCUCCGAAAUAAGCGAUUCCCAUACUAGGAGGGGCGAGUUCUCUUUUCGUGUUGAUGCCAUCAGAGAAGUGUAGUUUGGUCUAUGAUUCAUGUGGUAGUGAUUAAUAAGUAGGUCGCGUUUAUUUGUAAAUUAAGAACCGAUGUUCAUCUCUCACAUAAUUAAAUGGCCUGAUGGACUUCUUCUGUUUUC